AUGUCGUUCGAACAACUUCAUAGAGAGACUGCCGCCAAACUAGACGAUGCAGUAGAUAAAAUCUGUUCUCAAUUGGUCGUAGAGAAGGAACAAUUGAAGACCAUGACUGAAGGGUUUAUUGAAGCAAUGGAAAACGGGUUAAACCAUCCUAAUUCUUCUGAGGUCAAUUCAUCCACAACACCAUCUCCAAAUUCUGCAGGUUUAUCGAUGUUACCAUCUUUUGUUACGGGUUUACCAAAUGGUACUGAACGUGGUAUUCUAUUAGCAUGUGAAUUGGGUACUAUGCAUUUCCGUAUAUGUUCUGUGGAAUUGUUAGGAGAUCACACUUUCCAAUUGAGACAUGUCAAGUCACAUUUACCACAAGAAGUCAUUGAAGAGGAUACUGCUUCAAGCGAUAAAUUAUUCUCCUUUAUGGCAAGACGUACCUAUGCUUUCAUUAAGAGGGCUCAUCCAGAAGUAUUGGACCCACAUGCAGGUGUCUCUAUGAAAAUGGGGUUCACUUUCACUUAUCCUGUUGAACAAACUUCUUUAAAUGAAGGUAUCUUGAUCAGAUGGACUAAAAAUGUUCAAAUUAAAGAUACUGUAGGUAGAGAUGUUGUUCAAUUAUUCCAAGAUCAAUUGGACUCUCAAGGUUUGGAAAGAAUCCGUAUUGUGGCCUUAACCAAUGAUACUGUAGGUACAUUUUUGUCAUUGUGCUAUUCUUCUGGAUCUUCUAUGUCAAGUUUGGCCACUGGUGAAGUGGUUGAGCCUGUCAUUGGUUGUAUUAUUGGUACUGGUACCAACGGUUGUUAUAUGGAAUCUACAGAAAAUAUUGGGAAAUUACAACCGGAAUUACGUGAAAGAUUAAUUAGAGAAGGUAAAACUAAGAUGUGUGUCAAUACAGAAUGGGGGUCCUUUGAUAAUGAACUAAAAUAUAUCCCAACUACGAAAUAUGAUACUUUGAUUGAUCAAAAAUUCUCAUCAAAUCCAGGUUUCCAUCUUUUCGAAAAAAGAAUUUCUGCCUUAUAUUUGGGUGAAAUAUUAAGAAACAUCCUAUUAGACUUAUACCAACAAGGUUUGAUCUUAACCCAAUAUAGAACCGAAAGAUCUCUACCACAUCGUUUAAAGACUCCUUUUGAAUUAGGUUGUCAAGUUUUAGCUCAUAUUGAAAUUGACGACUCUACCAACUUACGUGAAACAGAAUUGACUCUAUUGCAAUCUUUAAGAUUACCAACUACUCCACAAGAACGUUAUGCCAUUCAAAAAAUUGUUCGUGCUAUUUCAAGACGUAGCGCUUAUUUAGCUGCAGUUCCAAUUGCUGCUAUCUUAAUGAAGACUGGUGCUUUAACGAAAAGAUACCACGGUGAAGUGGAAGUUGGUUGUGAUGGCUCAAUUGCUGAAUAUUAUCCAGGUUAUAGAUCUAUGUUGAGACAUGCUUUAGCUUUGUCACCAAUUGGUACAGAAGGUGAAAGAAAAGUUCAUUUAAGAAUUGCCAAGGAUGGUUCAGGUGUCGGUUCUGCCUUAUGUGCUCUGGUUGCUUAA